AUGCGAUCGAUACACCACGUUACUGAGAAGAAGGGUUUGCUUCAACAGGGCGAUAGGGGAAGACCAGGCAUUCAGAGGUUCAGGAUGAAGGCAAGAGUUCGUGAGGAGGCAUUUUUCCGUUUGAUGCACUUUGGCUUUCUAGAUGGAGGGCAGCAAGAGCAGCAGCAGCAGCAGCAGCAGCAGCAGCAACAGCAACAGCAACAGCAACAGCAACAGCAGCAGCAGCAGCACGAGUACCAGCAGCAACAACCGCAGUUACAGAAGCUUGGAUCCCAACAGCAGCAACACGAGUUCCAGCAGCAGCAGCAGCAACAGCAACAGCAGCAGCAGCAGCAGCAGCAAAAACAACUGCAGCAGCAGCAGCAGCAGCAGCAAGGGUGGACUUUACCAAAUGCCUUUACCCGCUCUGUCUGCAUGUACUGUCUGCGUCUGCUGCAGCAGGUGCAGCUGCUGCAGCAGCAGCAGCAGCAGCAGCAGCACGGGGGUGUACUGUCAGCAGCAGAUUCAUCUAUUGGUGUUUCUCUCUCUUCUUCCCCUACAGCAGCACCAAGCAGCAGCAGCAGCAGCAGCAGCAGUAAGAGCAGCAGCAACAAUAUAAGAUUAGGACGUCGUUGCUUUGUUGCUGCUGCAGCAAUAGAGCAGCAGCAAAUAGAUGCUGCUGCUGCUGAGGGUUUACGUCUUCUUUUUCUUCUUUCUCCUUCUCAUGAUCAUAUACAACAACAAGCCAAUAAUAUUAUUAAAAGGCUAGCAGCUCGUGCAUCUAUUGAGGGAAGAAUGCUUCCUGUUGCUGGAGGAUCGUUAAGAGAAAUAUUUAAUUCCUUAUUAGACCUCCCUCUUACUGCUGCCUUCUUAGAGAGAGGGUUUGCUGCUACUCCUAGGGUUUCUGCUGUAUGUACAGUUGUGUUGGGGUGUAUUGAUGCUCUUAUUAAUGAGGCAAUAGAAUCCCCAAACCCUAUACACAGAAGCGAGCUAUUUAGCUGUUUAGUGUUUCGUUUAUCCUUACUUUUCCCUUUAGGGUUUUUUGUUGAUCAUUUAGUUAAGAAAGCAGUAGAUACUAUUUGUCUCCUUCUUAGGAAAACCCCAGAACUCCUUCUCUAUCAUCAGGAACAAAUAUUAAAGGCAAUGGGGGCCCAUUGGAGGCCCCAGGGGGCCCCCCUAGCGGAGGCCCUUUGUUGGGCAGUAGUAUCGGAGUACUUUGCUGCAUUAGAGUUUAUAAUUUGUUUAAUAUUAAGAAAAGAUAAACCCUCGCAAACCCUAGAUGUAGAUGCAGCAGACACCUCAGCAACAGCAGCAGCAGCAGCAGCACAAGGGGAGGGCCCUCUGCAGCAGGGUUCAGGGAGACAAAGGGGGGGCCCCCAGAGGCCCUCGCGACUAUUUGAAGAAGAACUGUCAGACAAUUCUCCUAUAGAAAGCCAUCCGGGGACUCCCGCUGCGGGAGCUGCAGCAGCAGCAGCAACAACAGCAGCAGCUGCAGCAGCAGCAGCAGCUGCUGCUGCUGCUAAGGGGGGAGAAGUUUGCUGCCCCUCACCAUCUCUUGUAUGCAUUGCAGUCGCUGCAAUGACGCAGCUGGCGCUGCACUUCCCUCCUCUACGUCCUCGUACAGUUUUAUGUUUGCGUUCUCUAAAAGAGGGUGUAUAUGGUGACAAAUGGCGACCUUUAUUUUGCCGCAUUUAUUUCUCUCUUGGUCUAUUAGCUGAUCUUCCUCUUACACAAAAAGUCUUAAAUCAUCAACAAGAUAAACAACCUCCUAUUACCCCAUUGGUAUGGGAUUUGCUGCGUCAGAGUGAAGAAGUUUUCUUUCCUGCUGAUUCUUCUCCUCAAUUAACAAAACAACAAGAGAAUUGUCUUAUUGGAGGGAAAACAGAAGAAGAAAACACUCUUACUUGGGCAGAUAACUCUGCAGCAGCAGCAGCAGCAGCAGCACCAACAGAAGAAGAUGCAGCAGCAGCAGCAACAUCAGCAGCAACAGCAGCAGUAGCACAAGGCGGUACAGUUGCUAUGGGUAUCCUGCAGAGACUGAGGGGAUCACGUCCCUCUUUUGUUAAUACCAAACCCUAA